AGCGAGCCGGGAUCAACGAUCGCCUCACUGCUGCUAAUGCUCUCCUUUGCCGUCCUUGGCGCCUCGACCGCCUUGCUGGCUGGGGCAAGCGCGCCCGCCGGAGCGAACGGCGUGGUUCGUCCUCGUGCUGCGGUGCUACUCGCCGAGGCGGCAGCGACCACCGACGAGCAGAAGGCCUCCGGCAUCAGCUGGGAUUCGCACCAGUACGUCGACCAGGCGCCCGAGUCUCUCAUCCGGGACGACGACCUGCAGGGCGCCAACCAGGACAUGCGGCGCAGAUUCGAGGAGAACUGCAGGAGGGCUCAGAACGCCAUCUGCAAAGCUGUCUCCGAACUCGACGGGGCCGAGUUCCGCGAGGAUGUGUGGACGCGGCCGGGUGGCGGCGGCGGCAUCUCGCGCGUGCUCUGCAACGGCAACGUCUUCGAGAAGGCGGGCUGUUCCCUCUCCGUCGUGUACGGCUCGAUGCCGCAAGACGCCCUGCAGUCGGCGACGUCGCGUGGCGCCGACCGCGCCAAGGGGUACGCGCCGGGCGAACGGGUGCCCUUCUUCGCGUGCGGCCUCUCGUCGGUGAUGCACCCUCGCAACCCGAUGGCGCCGACGAUGCACUUCAACUACCGCUACUUCGAGACGGACGGCGGCGUGUGGUGGUUUGGCGGCGGCUCCGACAUCACGCCGGCGUACCUCUUUGAGGAGGACAUCGCGCACUUCCACCAGACGUACAAGGACGUCUGCGACACGCACGACCCCGAGUACUAUGCGCGCUUCAAGAAGUGGGCCGACGAGUACUUCACGAUCAAGCACCGCGGCGAGACGCGCGGCCUCGGCGGCAUCUUCUUCGACGACCAAAACGACCGCGACCCGGAGGCCAUCUUUGCCUUCUCGAAGGAGUGCCUCGACUCUGUGGUGCCCGCCUACCUUCCGCUGGUGGCCAAGCACAAGGACGACUCCUUCACGCAGCAGCAGAAGGAGUGGCAGCUCAUGCGGCGCGGCCGGUACGUCGAGUUCAACCUCGUCUACGAUCGCGGCACCGUCUUUGGCCUCAAGACGGGCGGGCGCAUCGAGUCGAUCCUCAUGUCGCUGCCGGAGACGGCGCGGUGGGAGUACUCGCAUGAGCCCGCGGCAGGCUCGCCGGAGGCGGAGAUUAUGGACGCCUUCAAGACGCCGCGGGAGUGGGCAAAGUGAGAGCGGCGCUGGCACGGAAGGCGGUGUGUAUCUACGCCGCCGCGUGCAGCGCGGCCAAGGCCAAAAGCCUGACGACAUGUGCCGCCACAGCCCUCCGCCCCCCCCCCCCCCCCCUCCAGUGGAGAAGUGCGUAAACCGUGUUUGAAAAAAACAUCGUACUUGAAAAAAAA